AUGUGUGCAAUUUCAGAACUACUGACCUUUUCUAACGAGGGAGGGUUACAUUUGCAGACAAACUGUACUGCUCUCAGCCACGUGCUAGCAGCUAGUGAAAUGACACAAUGGAAUGCGACUGUCCAUUCAACGCAGAUGCCCUUCAUUUCAACAGUGGACACAGUGUAUUCUUGGAGACUGACCCCUUCACUAACGUCCAGACGGUACAGCUCAUUGCCAGUGUUCAUACUGGUGGCAGUGUUUAUGGGGUUAGUGAUUUUAGUGACCGCCUGCGGCAACCUAAUGGUGGGAAUCGCUCUGUACCGUUACAAAAACCUACGUACCAUGUCUAACCUUUUGAUAGGUAAUUUAGCGCUCAGUGACUUUCUACUGGCCACCACCGUGGUUCCCAUUUCUACAGUUCAUGAUUUGUUAGGAUACUGGAUAUUCGGUGAAGUCAUGUGCACCAUUUGGCUGUGUAUCGACGUGUUAUACUGCACAGCCUCAAUAUGGGGAUUAUGCACCAUUGCAGUGGACAGAUAUACGGCAACUAUUUACCCCAUGUGGUAUCACGAACAGAGGUCCCCAAAGCGAGCACUGGUGUAUGUCAUCUUUGUAUGGCUUUUUUCUUUAAUUGUGUCCUUUGCUCCUUUCAUAGGCUGGCGAGACAUGAUCCCUUACUUUUACCAGUACGAUAAGAACACUCAAACAUACGACUGUAUCCUUUUCAUGUUGCAAAGUUACGUCAUGUAUUCUGCCUUUGGGUCAUUUGUGAUACCGUUUUGGUUAAUGCUAUUCCUUUACAUUCGGAUCUUUAUAGCCCUCCACAAGCGCUCCAUAGAACUUCAAAAGAAAGCCUCGAUUCACUUUCCGAGGUCUGUCACAGUGGACACGUCUUCCCAAUUUGUCAACGACUCUUUGCAGCCACAGUGUGAAACGGAGAGCUUUGAACUGCAAACCGUUGUGACAAAAGACAGCUUGACAGGGACAACCAGUUCUGAACAGAAUGAAGAUUACCAGGCCCAGUACAAAGGGAACUUGGAUUAUUGCAAAAGUGAUGAUGCUGACGACUGUAAAAGCCUCUCCCCUGGAGAUGCUUCCGAUAAGGAUCUCAUCCCGAAAAAAACCAAUAAUGGUAUAAUGAUGGCUAACAAUAGUCGCCAUGCAGUGGAAAUCACGGCCAACUCUAACCAUGACCGGCACGCCAUCCUCAGCCCAUCCUACUCUCAGAUCAGUGACUCAGAACAUGACAGUGAAUUUGAAAACAAACAUAGAUGUAAGGCACUAAAGGGUAACCACUACAAGCGCCUAUCACUUCAGCCCAGCCCUAUUUCCGUGAGAACCAAAUUUAUUAAGAGUGUCAGCAUCAAUCUAGAGGAUUUAAGUGUGGAGGACUACAACAGUUCCUACGAUGAACAAAAACAAAAACACAAGUCUCGACUGCGGAGAGCCAGUAAACAUUUUCUCUCACUACCAUGGUCCACGUCUUGCAAACCACUUGGCCGAUCUCACCUCACGGCCAGCAUGAAGCGCCGGUUUGAGUUACGAGAACAGCGCGCCACUAAGCGCAUGGCCCUCAUUAUGGUGUGUUUUAUUGUGUGCUGGAUGCCUUUUUUCCUCAUGUACAUUGCCCGCAGCCUUUGUAACCACUGUUACGUCAACUACCACCUGCAGGCCGCUUUGACUUGGCUAGGCUACGUCAAUUCUGCCCUCAAUCCCAUAUUAUACACAAUAUUUAACGAGGACUUCAGACGAGCUUUUCAAAGAAUGCUGGGCUUAUCUCAGCCCAGACAGGCACAAAAGCGACCUUAAUUUACUGUAGCAAUUUGCCUGUUUAAAUGUCUGCCGUGUUUACAUAAGAAAGAAUUAAGACAGUUGCUCUUUGAAUUCUGUCUAUUUAAAGAUUUCCUGAGGAAUUGAGGAAUCAAUGACCAUAAGGUGGUUGCCCCUACACUUCAUCUUCUGGCCCGCAGUUCAACGGUUCAUAAACAAACAGACUUUUUUCUCUCGGCUGUUGAGAACACCACUAACAAAACUUUGUUUAUAUUUCCUCCCCGCAUUACUGGCUCCAGCAGCCUUACUGUAUGAGCCCCACGCAGCCAGACAAGGAUAAGGAAAUAAUGAAAUGAGACGCAAAGAAAAAAUCUGUUUGUCUAUUCACGAAUGUCGAGCUCCAUAUGUUCUCAUCCGUGCUAACAAUAACUGUGCCGAUAAUAGUACACACUAGCUGAGAUUUCACCAUGCCAACUGAUUUAUAGCCCUGAUUUAUCUUUUUCAAAAUCGUAAUUCAUGUCUGAGACACCUAAAUCUUGUCUGAAAAGGUAAUAAUAUUCAACCAACUGUUCAGCAAAUUCACACUUAGUCCGAUUUCACAGUAACCACAGGUGAUUUAGGAGAGAGGACAGAAAAGUAUGCCAUACAACUCCAGCAUUUUGUUUUAGAUAUUGUUAAGUGAUUAUUCCUGCAUAUUUAUCAAGUUAUCAAAGACUUCCUUUACAGUGUACAUGAAUACAUGAAUCUACAAGAAAUCCACACAGACGGAAAACUUCAGAUUAUACAAGUUUAAAUUGAAUGGGUAUACUUGUAUGUCAUAUGUUUCCAGAGACCCAGGAUUUACAAAAGGGUGAUUCCCCAAUUUAACAACAGCAUACUAAAUGGCUAUUUGUUUUCUGCAAAGGUAAAACUGUGUGUAUUGACACCUGAUUUCAUGUCUCAAGUAUGAAUAAAGCAAAAAAGGCAAAAUGAUAUGCACUCUUCUUAAGUAUUUUUUUUAAACUUUACUGGGUUCUGGCAUUGCAAGCUGUGAUCUAAAAAUAUGUGGGACCAUUG